GCAUACUGAAACUUUAUGAUAUUUCAUGUUUCAUUUUUCACUUGCUCACAUUUGUAUUCGCCCUUCAUUAAGUCGACAGGUGCCUAUGAUUCGCUCUUUUUGUUGAGGUGUAUAGUAUAUACAGCUGGCCAGAGUACUCACCAUCUUCAGUCAGCCAUUUAAAGGAUGAUUUAAAUCUGGACAUAUCAGUUAAAUAGGGAUAGUCAUCCUGUAAUUUGCUGCAUCUCUAUCUUAGAGCAACCAGAAGACAAGUGUGACUGUAACGUUUUUGGAACCAUAUUUUACUUAUGGUGGGAAAUCAAAUGUCCGUGUUCUCCAUUCAAACCUACAACAUUUAAGUUAACGACUAAGACUGUUCCCUAAAGUGCAUUUAACCCUGAGACAGAAGAAAGUAAAAAGGGUUUAUGACUUCUUAUACACACAUUUAGCAUUCGAAUUCCGUUGAAUCAAAGCUUCAAUAUUUGUAUGCUUAUUUAUCACGUGUGUCUUAUAAACAAUCUUCAUUGUCGUUAAACCAAGGCAGAGAAGAAGGUGAAGAAGUGAACAUUAGGUCCACCAAACAUCAGAACUUACAAUAUCGACUCGGUGAAGAAACCUAAAGAUGGCAUCCUCAUCAAACGAAGUUGUUGGCGGGAGUAAGACCAUUCUGUGGUGUGUGCCGAGGGCGAUCUCGACGGCUUUCGCAAAGUGUCUCAGCCACAUUGAGGAGAGCGAGGUGUGGUUCGAACCAUAUACCUACAGUUAUGUCGCAAGGUUAGAGUACGGACUUCACACCAAGCUCGAUCUACCUAUGGAGUAUGAGGGCAAUGAAGAGAUAUUCCAGACGGCCAAGGAGAUGGUGGAUAAAAGAGUAAACACCAAGACCAUGCCUGAUCGUCUACCGUAUGGAUCUGUGAAGCGUCGUCUUGAAGCUUCUUCUGCCAAACAUGUGUUUCUCAAGGAUAUGGCCUUUGCGAUGAUUGACGGGUAUCACCAGUUCCUACCUAAGGGCUACCGACAUACCUUCCUCAUCAGGAACCCUCAACGCCAUAUCGUCUCCUAUAGGAGAGCAAUCUUCAAACAUUACACUGAGUGCGGAUUAUUGGAAGGCGAAGCUGCUGACGAAAAGAAAUUUGACGUAGAGAUCUACGACCCCAUACUACCUAAAGGCUGGCACACUAAGGAGCUCUAUGACCUCUGGAAGUACGUCCAAGAUGAGAAGAUCGAUCUGAAUCCUAUCGUCAUCGACGGUGACGAUCUGUUGACGAAACCUGCCGAGACUCUGUCGGCUUACUGCGCUGCCGUGGGGUUGCCGUAUAACGACAGCUUACUUCAGUGGGACGCAUCACUUGAGGCUUUCAAAACCAUGAAAGCUGCCGGCGAUACUCUUCUCUUCGAUAUCGUGAAUUUCUACGGGACGGCCAUGAAAAGUAGCUGCUUUUUACCGCCGAGCAAGAAGACACCACGUGAACAACUACCGGCUGACGUCAUCAGGGGUUCAGACGAGGUCAUGAAGUAUUUUGAAGAAAUGUAUGAGACGAGAAUUAGAGUUUAGUUUAUUAAGAAAAUCAUUACAAAAUAUCAUUUCUAUGGGCUUGUAACAACACACACCACACACGCAAGCACUCAACCUAGACACCCUUAUAUUCAUAUCAUUAUAUACGAAUAUAUAAAUAUAAAUAUAUAGAUACGGCUUAAUUCCAGAAGGUGCUGUGAUUGCUAUUUUUUAUCUACCCACAUUUUUCUUGGCGUAUUUGUUGUCUGUAAACAGUGAUUCUGUGUCCGAGUUCACCGAUAUACUUUUCUCCACAGCCAUGGCAGAUAAUACAGUAAUUUAAAUUCCCAGUAGUACAUCUGAACGUGAAUUAUAUUUCAAACGCCUCGUUCUGUUUUGGAAGACAGUUUAGUUUCUUCAAAGGAAGGGCAAGCUUUGCAUCUUUUGUACUUACAUUUCUAUAUGCCACUUCCCCCACUGGGUUGUGGAUUACGUGCAGCCCUUGUUAGUAUUCUGUCAAGUUUAGCCUUUGGCGUUUACUAAGGAUCAAUUUGUCUCUUUAAAAAUAUGAUUUAAGUCUUUGUCAUUUGACAAAGCGUUAAUUGAUCCCUUUAUCAGUUUGCUAACGUCAGGGUUAUUUGGAUUAUGGUUAUGAACAAAUUAAAUAGAUUCAAUAUUAUCAUUUUUUUCGGGAGUGAGUUUUUCGGCUUUUUGGAUACCGUUCUGUAUUAAACAUAAUACUUGAUUCCAAUAAACAUUUCUUGCGGACUUUAAUAUCUGAAACAAUAGUGCACAUUAAUUUUGUCUCGCUUAAUUGUAAGGAACAUUAUAGUUUUGCUUUAUCUUGUUUGACAAGAUUUGAAAUAUAACUACUGAUGUGUGCCUGUUAUUUUGAAGAAAAUGUUUUUGGAUUAUUUUAUUUUUCAUUUAAAUUCAAUCAGUUGUAUUUGAUGUACGCAAUAUAUUGUUUCAUGUGUUAUCAUGUCAAACUUCUCAAAGUAUGAUAUAAACUGUAUUGUAUAUUGCAUCCUCUUGUGUAGAUUUUGUUUCUCCAAAUGAAUCCGCGUUUUAACAAAAAAAAAGUAUAUCCAUGUUCAAAUGCAUUAGCUAAUUCUAUUUUAAUAAAAUGCCUAGAAAACAAAUACA